AUGACUGGCCUGUCUGACGCAGGGUAUCAACGAUCGUCUGAUGAGGCUUCGCUAAACUCUUGGGGGAAACAGAUUCGCCACAAUCAUCGGCGUCUACGCCCCCUGAUGGCCAGCUCUGACGAGGCAAAGAACCAAUUCUACGAGGACCUGUACGCCCUCCUGGCGUCUGUGCCGAAAGCCGAUAAGGUGAUUGGCUUUGCUGACUUCAGCGUCCACGUCGGGACAGAUCAUGCUGCCUGGGGAGGAGGACUAGGUCUGCAUGGUCUCGGCGGCUCCAAUGACAACGGCCUGCUCUCCCUACGAACCUGCGCAGAGCACUGCCCCACGCCGACCAACACUUUACUCCGCCUUCCGAUCCGGAAGAAGGUGACCUGGAUUCACCUCGAUCGCGACACUGACACCUGCUGGACUAUCUCCUCGUUCGGAGGCGGGAUCAACAGGACGUGCUGGGGACAAAGGCGACCCCGGGUGCCAACGGAUAGACCGACCGUCGCAUCGUCGUCUCCAGGACGAGGAUCCGCCUACACCUACCCAGAAGACCUCAAGGUAAGUGAUUCAAAGGUAGGUUGAAUACUGCUUUGUUGUGUUUGCCUUCUCCCCACCUCCAUUUCAGCAGUGAACUAGCUCAGAUGCUAGUCAACCUUUCAGUCACAACGGACGAUGACGACUCCGUGGAGAACCAACCAACUGAGGGACACAGUCCAGUCGAUCGCCACAACUGUCCUCAGCCGGGCACGUUGCCGACGUUAAUCGUCCCACCGAUGCAAACAAGACAGCCUUCUACCCCAGUCUCCAUCCUAGGAAACAGCGACUGCAGAAGAUGCGAAACUCCUGGACGGUUCGUAAGACUGAGAAAAUCCAAGGAUACGCGGGCCACAGCAAACGAAAGAACCUCCUUGCUGCUAUCAAUGUUGUCUACGGUCGCACAGUCAAAUGAACCGCUCUUCUUCUCAUCGACGACGGAAUUACCCUACUCACUGAGAAAGCGCAAAUUCUGUAGCAAUCGGCCGAACACUUCAGAGGCGUCCUCAACCGUCCCUCCACCAUCUCCGACGCCGCCACCGCCCGUCUGCCUCCAGUGGAAAUCAACGCCAACCUCGACCUCCGGCCCACUGUCCACGAAACCUUCAGGGCCGUACAGCACCUCUCCAGCGGGAACUUCCCCAGAUCAGACGCGAUCCCUGGUGAGAUUUACAGGCACAGCGGUCCCAACUUAUGAAUCAGCUGGCGCGCCUUUCUAGAUGUGGCGUCAAGGACAAGUCCCGCAGGAUUUCAAGGACGCCUCAAACGUCCAUCUCUACAGGCAACACAGACAAUCACAGAGGAAUCCUGCUGCUCAACAUCGUCGGAAAAGUCUCCGUUCGCAUUCUUUUCAACCGUCACAACAACCAUCUGGAGCAGGGUCUCCUGCCGGAAGGCCGUCGAGGCUUCCGCAGUCACCACGGCACCAUCGACGUGAUGUUUGCCGCCCGCCUGCUGUAA